AUGAGUCGAUCAGGCCAGCCCCCGGAAUUCAAGAAGUGCAUGGACAAGAAACUCCAAAUUAAGCUUAAUGCGAACCGAAUGGUUAUUGGAACUCUCCGUGGGUUUGACCAGUUCAUGAAUCUUGUUAUGGCGGAGACUGUUGCAGUCAAUGGUGAUGUCGAAACUGAUAUUGGGACUGUGGUGAUAAGAGGAGACAGCAUUGUCACCGUUGAAGCUCUUGAGCCCAUUGGAAGAUCUUAG